AGACGUGUUGACGUGUUUACGUUGGAGCAGAUAUAUAUAUAUAUAUAUAGAGAGAGAGAGAGAGAGAGAGAGAGAGUUACACAGUAAUCUUCAGCAGGGGGCGGUUUUGUUAUCGUGGCUGCUGCUAAAAUAGAAAACCUGAGAGAUGAAGAGGAAGUUUGAAACUUUGGUUUGGUUAACGAGGAAAAGAUCGAUUCAGUUUCUGAUUGGAGUUGGUCUUUUGUACCUUGUGGUGUUCACGCUCGAAAUCCCCUUCGUCUUCAAAACCGGGUUCGGUGCCGUCACAACUCGCCCUCCGAGCCUACUCAGCGAGGAGGAGGACCACACCGAAGAGAGAGAAGCCCCAACUCGCCCCUUCAAAACGGUUUCCAACGCACUCCCACCGAGUCAACUCGCUCGCCGGAAAAUCCUCUCCGGUUUGGUUUUAAACGACGCGACGUUCGACCUGAGCGGGAAGGACGGGUCCUUCGAGCUCUACAAGCUAGCCAAGAACGCACGCGAGGUUGGGUUGAACCUUUGGCAAGACAUCCAAUCGGGUAACCCGCGACCCGUUUUGAAGAAGCCAGAGAACCGGUCGGAUUCAUGCCCGGGUUCGGUGUCGGUAUCCGGGUCGGAUUUCUCGGGUGUGGUGGGGCUUCCCUGUGGGCUCACAUUGGGGUCCCACGUAACGGUCGUGGGGAAGCCGUUGGCGGCGCACCCGGAUUUCGAGCCGCGGAUAUCGGUGGUGAAGGAGGACAAUGAACCGGUGAUGGUGUCUCAGUUCGUGGUGGAGUUGCAGGGUCUGAAGACGGUGGAUGGUGAAGACCCUCCUCGGAUUUUUCACUUUAAUCCAAGGUUGAAGGGUGAUUGGAGUGAAAAGCCCGUGAUUGAGCUUAACACGUGCUACCGCAUGCAGUGGGGUGCUUCUCUCAGGUGUGAUGGUUGGAAAUCCAAGGCUGAUGAUGAUACUGUUGAUAGGCUAGUGAAGUGUGAGAAGUGGAUCAGGGAUGAUGAAGAUCAUGGAGAGGAGUCUAAGGCAACAUGGUGGUUGAAUAGAUUGAUAGGUCGCACAAAGAGAGUAACAAUUGAUUGGCCAUUCCCGUUUUCUGAGAAUAAGCUUUUUGUUCUUACUCUUAGUGCUGGAAUGGAGGGUUAUCAUGUUACUGUUGAUGGGAGGCAUGUGGCUUCUUUUCCUUAUCGCACUGGAUUUGCUCUUGAGGAUGCCACCGGGCUUUCUUUGGCUGGAGACAUUGAUGUCCACUCCAUAUUUGCUGCAUCUUUGCCUUCAUCACAUCCUAGUUUUGCCCCGCAGCGGCAUCUUGAAUAUUCGACCAGAUGGUGUGCUCAGCCACUAACUGGCUCCGGUGUAGAAUUGUUCAUCGGCAUCCUCUCGGCCGGAAACCAUUUUGCUGAGAGGAUGGCUGUGAGAAAGUCAUGGAUGCAGCAUAGGCUUAUCAAGUCUGCAAAAGUGGUGGCUCGUUUCUUUGUAGCACUGAGCCCGAGAAAAGAAGUUAAUGCAGAGUUGAAGAAGGAAGCAGAAUUUUUUGGUGAUAUUGUUAUAGUGCCUUACCUGGAUAACUAUGACCUUGUUGUGUUGAAAACAGUGGCCAUAUGUGAAUAUGGGGUUCAUACAGUUUCUGCUAAGUAUAUCAUGAAAGGUGAUGAUGACACUUUUGUAAGAGUGGAUGCUGUUAUCAAUGAAGCAAGGAAGGUUCCCGAUGAUAAGAGCUUUUAUAUUGGGAACAUAAAUUAUUACCACAAACCCUUGCGCUAUGGUAAAUGGGAAGUGACAUACGAGGAGUGGCCAGAAGAGGAUUACCCACCCUAUGCUAAUGGACCGGGUUAUAUAUUGGCAUCUGAUAUUGCACGCUACAUUGUAUCUGAAUUUGAGAUGCAUAAAUUAAGGUUGUUUAAGAUGGAAGAUGUGAGUAUGGGAAUGUGGGUAGAGCAAUUUAACCGCACAAAACCAGUGCACUACUCGCAUAGCUUGAAUUUCUGCCAGUUUGGUUGCAUAGAAGACUAUUACACAGCCCAUUACCAAUCUCCAAGGCAGAUGAUGUGCCUGUGGGAUAAAUUGCAAAGGAAGACAAGGCCUCAAUGCUGUAAUAUGAGAUGACCACGAAGUAUAGGUUGUCAUCUUUUAAUCCAGUGAAAGGGACCAAGAAAAUGAGUUUUGCAGUGAAGCCAUAGUAGCAUCGAGUAUUGUAUAUAACUGUGGAGCUUGGUUAGUUCAACGUCCAUCUGUAUAAAAUGACCUUUUGAAUCUCAGUAUUUGUUAUUGUUUUUUGGUUCUGUUUUUGGCCCCCCUUUCUGGGGUUCUCAAUUCUUUUGGGACGGAAUUGGAAGGAAUAUGAAGAUGGGAGAGGAAUAUUUUAUUGAUGCUGAUACAAGUUCUGUGAAAUAAUU